AUGGAGUCCCCCUCAGUCCCUGCCCACAGAGGGGCCUUGCCCUGGCAGGGGCUCCUGAUCACAGUCUCACUCUUAAGCUUCUGGAACCUGCCAAUCACUGCCCAGAUCACAGUUAAAUCGGUACCGCCUGAUGUUGCUGAAGGGAACCCAGUCCUUCUACUCGUCCAUAAUAUUCCCCCAAAACCUGCAAAAUAUAACUGGUACAGAAAUGACAUUAAUGAGAGCAUGAGCAUUAUAAAAUUUAUAGUAAACCCAGAAAACACAACCCAUGGACCUUUGUACAGCAACCGAGAGACCAUUUAUUCCAACGGGUCCUUGUUAAUCCAGAACCUCACCAAGGAGGACUCAGGGAAAUAUGUCAUUCAAGUCAUCACAGAGAACUUUGAAUCACCCACUGGAAAUGGACAGGUCCAUGUGCAUGCACUGUUACCCCAACCCAACAUCACAGUCAACAACUCCAGCCCUGUGGAGCAGAAGGACUCAGUGGUUUUGAUGUGUGAACCUGAGAGUUCAGGCACGACCUACCGGUGGUUCAACAACACUCAGCCCAUCCAACCCAGCACCAGGCUGCAGUUGUCCCCAGACAAUAGGAUUCUGACUGUGCUCAACGUCACAAGGAAUGACAGAGGACCCUAUGUGUGUGAGACCUCCAACCCAGUGAGUGUCCAACGCAGCAACCCAUUCUACUUGACUGUUCUCUAUGGCCCAGAUGACCCCACCAUCUCCCCCUCAAAACGUGACUAUCUUCAAGGAGAAAACCUCAGUCUCUCCUGCCUCACAGCUUCUUACCCACCUGCAGAGUUUUCCUGGUUCGUUGGCGAGAAGCCCCUGGGGUUCACACAGACUCUCUCCAUCCACAACCUCUCUUUGAAUGACAGUGGGUCCUAUUCCUGCCUUGUCAAUAAUUCAGCCACACACCUCAAUAGGACCACAGUGAUCAAUAUCACAGUAUCAAAGUCAGUGACCCUGCCCUCUAUUCGAGCGUCCAAUACCACGGUGACAGAGGGUGCCGGCCCUGUGGUCCUGACCUGCCUCACGAAUGACACUGGGAUCUCCAUCCGGUGGUACCUCAAUGAUAAGGAUCUGCAGCCCGCAGAGAGGAGGAAGCUGUCUGCGGACAACAGGACCCUCACCCUCCAGCCGGUCUGGGAGGCCGAUGGGGGAGACUAUCAGUGUGAGGUGUCCAACCCCGUCAGUUCCCGCAGAAGUAACCAAGUCAGGCUGAAGGUGACAUCUACUUCUGGCCUCUCUGCUGGAGCAAUUGCCGGCAUCGUGAUUGGAGUCCUGGCUGGAGUAGCUCUGAUAGCAGCACUGGUGUACUUUCUUUAUGUCAGAAAGACCGGAGGGGCAAACGACCAGCGCCACCUCACAGAAAACAAACUCUCAGCUUCCAACCACAGUAAGUAUAGCAUUCACCCUAUGACACUGUCCCAGUGCUUCCUCUAA